AAGCAGUGCAUGUUUUCUUUCUUAGGAUGACAGGAACAGAUGUGUUUGGAAUUACUGUACCUCUUAUUACCAGUACUACUGGAGAUAAACUGGGAAAAACUGCUGGAAAUGCAGUUUGGCUAAACAGAGAUAAGACUUCUCCAUUUGAGCUGUAUCAGUUUUUUGUCAGACAACAAGAUAACGUAGUUGAAAAAUACCUGAAACUAUUCACUUUCCUACCUCUUGAGGAGAUUGCCCACAUCAUGGAAAUGCAUGCUAAAGAACCUGAAAAAUGGGGCCCUCAGAAACGACUGGCUGCAGAAGUAACCAAGCUUGUCCAUGGCAGAGAGGGGCUAGAAUCUGCUAAGAGGUGCACUAAGGCCCUUUAUUACAGUAGUGUGGAGGCUCUGGAAGAGAUGUCUGACCUAGAGUUACAGGAACUUUUUAGACAAGCUCCUUCUGCUGAACUGAUGCUUGAACCUGGAAUGAGUGUUCUUGACUUGUGUCGCAUAGCAAAUGCCAUUCCAGAUGGACCUAGUGGGUACCAGAAAAUUACAGAUGGAGGAGUUUCAAUAAAUGGGAAUCGUGUAACUAAUCCUGAGACUGUUCUUAUUCUCGGACAGCAUAUUCUCAAGAAUGGAGUAUCAUUACUUAGGGUUGGAAAGAAAAAUUACUAUGUUAUAAAAUGGCUGCAGCUGUGACAACAGAGAAUCUCCCUAAAACAACAGGUCAUUUCAGCUCUGUGGCUUGAAGACAUACUUGAAGAUGUUUCUGUCCUGUGCAUUACUAUGCAGCUCACAAACUGCCCAAUACCAUCGAUUUUCAAAAUGCACCAACAGAGUUCAAAUAAAGCAGCUGAGGUAUACCAGUAAAGAGGUUUUAGAUAUUCUGCCUUAUUCAAAGCACCAUUCCUAAGAGGAGCUGCACAAGAAGACAAGGAAAAGAUUCAUUUCAAAGUCCAAAGAUGGAGAUCUUUGGAUCUCAAAGGAGGCUUCCCCUCCUUUAACAACCAUGUGUUGGAGGAGAACAGUGCCUGGUCACUCCACAGGAGAACCCACAGCCAGAUGAGCAAAAUCAUCCUCCAACCCAGGACUUCUUACAGCCAAUGUGUGCUCACCUACCAGAGAAACCUGUGCCAGUGGGCAAGGACAACUAACCUGCAAUCAACCUGCAAUGUUUGUUCAGAACAGGUUUGCUUUGAAGGAAUCUGCAGAAAAUUCACAAUAAAGGAAAAGAAUGAUUAAGCACUAA